UGUUUCGACUANUGUUAUUUAUUGGACGACCCGUUAUCUGCUGUGGACUCGGCUGUGGCUAAACAUAUCUUUGAGAAAUGCAUAAAAGGAUACCUGAAGAGGAAUUGUGUUAUUUUAGUGACACAUCAGUUGCAGUUCAUUAAAGCCGCGGAUCAGAUCAUUGUCUUGAAUGACGGAAACUGUUUAGCGAUGGGAAGCUAUACUCAACUUCUCAAAGAAGGUAUCGAUUUAAUCAAAUACGCCGGAGAUUCAGAACUUCUUCGUGAAGAAGAUCCCAAACAGAAUGUCUCAGAAUUAAGGCGUCGGACGACAUCAGUGGCUGAGAUGUUUGGCGGACGUCUCUCAACCGUAUCAUCCCUUCACUCUUUUGGUGACGAAGCUGUCGAAGAACUGAAAGGUCAGGAAUCGGGUACCACUCGAGAUAACGAGGAAUAUACAUCCGAAGCUAACAGAGACGGCGGGACGUCUGCAAAGAUUUACUGGACUUAUUUGAGAGCCGGCGCCGGAAUAAUACUAUUGCCGGCACUCGUAUUGUCCAACAUAUUGACUCAAAUCAUAUUCACUGGAUGUGAUUACUGGCUCUCGCAGUGGACUAACUUUCAUGAAAACACGAAUCUAAAUAAAGGCACAAAUAAGACAACUGAAAAGAGCUGGAUGAUUACCGAUGAGGAAAACGACAACAUCAUUAUCUAUAGUUCUCUCGUGGCCGUACUCUUCGUCUUUUCAGUGGUCAGAACCGUUACAUUCUUCACGACUUGUAUGCGAUCUUCAGUGAAACUUCACAACAAACUGUUGGCGUCUGUCAUAAGAGCGCCGAUAGCUUUCUUUGAUAAAUACCCGAUCGGAAUGAUUCUCAAUCGAGUCUCUCGUGAUUUAGGAAUUAUCGACGACUUACUGCCGCCGACAGCCUUCGACGCCGUAGAGAUACUGAUCGACUGUAUGGCUAUUUUAGUUUUGUGUAUUUUCAUCAACUACUGGGUGGUCAUCCCAACCCUCGCACUACUCGUAUUCCUAGUACUCGUCCGACACUUUGCUUUGGGAACACUUCGGAGACUUAAGAAAGUUGAAGGGACUGCCAGGUCUCCAAUAUUCAGUCAUUUAGCCUCAACUCUAUCCGGUUUGACUACAAUUCGCUCAUUUGGUGCCGAAAAUGAGUUUUCCAAGAAAUAUGAUGUCCUUCAAGACAAGCAUACGUCCACUUACUUCAUGUUCAUGACGUGCACGCGUUGGUUCGGAAUCGUUUUGGACGAGAUGUGUCUCAUAUACACGAUCGCCAUCACAGCGUCUCUCGUCUCAAACCUGGACGGCCAGAGCGGCAGUGCUAUCGGACUAACCCUCUCUCAAGUCAUUGGAUUGACGGGAAGUUUUCAAUGGGGUAUCCGUCAGAGCGCCGAAGUCGAGACACAAAUGACUUCCGUUGAGAGGGUUUCCGAGUUGAGUCAAAUAGACAGAGAACACGAAAGUGAAGUCAAACCCCCGACAGAGUGGCCAAAGUUUGGACAAAUUGUGAUGAAAGACGUGUGCCUUCAUUACGAAGGAAGUGAUUCUCCGGUAUUAAAGAACUUAAAUUUAGUCAUAAAGGGCGGCGAAACCGUGGGAAUAGUAGGCCGAACUGGCGCUGGCAAGUCAUCCAUAAUCGCAACCCUCUUUAGAAUGACCCCUCCCUCAGGUGUUAUAGAAAUCGAUGGCAUCGACACCUCAUCCAUUAGUUUAUCAUAUUUGCGCAAAAAUAUAUCGAUUAUACCUCAGGAACCAAUUCUUUUCACCGAAACGGUUCGCAAAAAUCUCGACCCAUUUGGCGAUUGUCCCGACGAUUUGAUUUGGGAAGUGUUGGGUAAAGUGCAGCUCAAGUCCACAAUCAAUGCUUUCCCACAAAAGUUGGAUCAACUCAUCUCUGAAAGCGGCGGUAGUUUUAGUGUCGGACAAAAGCAACUCAUAUGUCUGGCCAGAGCUAUACUCAGGAAUAAUAAAAUCCUAGUUUUAGACGAGGCUACUGCUAAUGUCGACCCCCGGACUGAUGCCUUAAUUCAGGAUACGAUACGAAAUGAAUUCACUGACUGUACUGUAUUGACAAUAGCGCACAGAUUGCAUACAAUCAUGGAUUACGACAAAGUGUUAGUCUUAGACGCCGGACACAUCGCUCAGUUUGAUUCACCCAAUAGUCUGAUUCAAGAAAAAGAUGGUAUAUUUGCACAGAUGUUGGAAACUACUGGUAAAUCAAUGGAACACCACUUGAAGCAAAUUGCACUCAAAGCCCACAUUAGGAAACUUAAU